AUGCUCCCAUCUGCGGGAGUAAUCCUGCUGCUGAUGUCAAGCUUCCCCCACAAACGACCGGGCGCGAACCUCAACCUCCCACUACGCAUACUUCCGCUCGGCGACUCGAUAACUUGGGGUGGCCAGCCGGGUGCAGACAACGGCACAGAUGGGUACCGCGCACAGCUGAUCCACGCGCUUAUACGUGCGCGCUACGCGUCGGUGAACUUUGUCGGCACGCAGCGCUCUGGGCUCAUGCCCAACAAUGACAACGAAGGGCAUCCAGGGGCCACAAUCAGCGAGCUUCAGAGCCUGAUGAAAGCUGGACUACAGAUGCGACCGAAUGUCGUCUUGUUACAUAUCGGCACGAACGAUAUGGCUCGUCCUGAAAGCCCAGAAGAGAAGUGGGCAGAUGCGCCGAAGCGUUUGGCAGCGCUGUUAGACGACGUGCUGGACAUGUGCCCGGACGCUGCGGUGCUGGUUGCGAAGAUCAUACAGGGAGCCGAUAUGCAGGCACAGGAAAACAUCAAGAGGUUCAAUGAUGCCGUGCCUGCGGUUGCGAAGAAGAAGCUUGAUCAGGGCUUCAAGGUUGCGGUUGUUGACCACAGCGUCGUCCUGCCCGAGGAGUUAGUUGACGGGCUACAUCCGUCCUAUUCCGGAUACUUUCACAUGGGAAACAUCUGGUUCGAUGCUAUCAAAGCUGCCAGUGGCCUAGGGGUCAUAACACCGCCCGUCGCACCACAAGAAACAUGA